AUGUUCGUCGGAGGGCUGUCCUGGCAAACGACAGCAGAUCGUUUGAGGGAAUUUUUUGAUGCAUUCGGGGAAGUUAAGGAAACCAUGGUUAUGAAAGAUCCGUCCACAAAACGAUCAAGGGGAUUUGGUUUUGUUACGUUCAGAGAUAUGGCUAGUGUAGACAAAGUUCUAAGUAGUGGACCUCAUGUUAUAGAUUCAAAAACGGUCGAUCCUAAAUUGGCUUUUCCACGAAAAGCACAACCCAAGAUGGUUACCAGAACUAAAAAGAUAUUUGUUGGUGGCUUAUCAGCCUCAACUACAGUAGAUGAAGUCAAAAAAUAUUUUGGUCAAUUUGGACCGGUAAGUUCUUUAAAUAUUAUUAUUCAGAUUAGCUUUCAUGUCACAUGCUUCCGUCAAUUUCAAAAACACAUUUCAUAA